UUCUUCUCUUCUCUAUUGUCUCCCCCUGGCUGCAUCGCCCUCUCGCUCGCGCUGCCUAGUUCGCUUUGCUCUGCGGGCAUUGUGCAGUCUGGUGGCUUCACCCCUCCUGCCAGCCACCCUCCGAGGGACGCUUUUCUUGAAUUUCUUCCCCUGGUUUUCUCUGCCUCGCCGAGACACGAGCGUUUAUCCUGGGCAAGAUCGCCCUGAGGGUGUUGGAAGAGCUGUCCUGAACAUUCAGCACAGGAGGAAAGGGGUGUGUGUCAGAUGGAGGAAGAGUUAAGUGGCAGGCGCACACCCCAUUAAAUACGCCGGCAAGCUUUUCACAGCCCCGGAAAUCGCAGUGCAAACAGCAGGUGGCUGGUGGUGCAGUAUGUCUUUGUUCCUAACCCCGGCAUCCAGCAGGAAGUAGCAGCUGGUCCCUGGCACUUGUUCAUUCCCCUGAGAGAUGUCUGCGACCAGAGGCAAUGGAGAGCACUGGAAGUCUUUGGAGUCCGUGGGGAUCAGUCCGAAGGAGCUGGCUCUGGCGGAAGCCCUGCAGAUGGAGUAUGAUGCUCUGUCCCGCCUGAGGCAGGACAAAGAGGAGAGUCAGGCCAAGCAAAAUACUGACCGGCCUCUCAUCUCCUGGGAUGACCCGGCUCUGGAUUACACCAAACCCGCGGUCAGGAACGACUGCCACAGCAUCAAAAUAAUGCGAGGCCUCUCUGGCUCGGACCCCACCCUCAAUUACAACUCCCCCUCGGUCCAAGGCAGUUCGAGGGCUCCUGGUACCAACAACACUACCUCAUCGGUCCCGCCACCCGAGCCAGAGAACCAGCCUUGGCUGAAGUGCCCUCUUGCCAGUGACUACCUGUACAUCUUCGAUGGCUCGGGGGAAGACUUCCUCAGCGAGCCUCUCAAUGGGACCUCGUGCCAAGAUGGCUCCCCCAAGAAGCUCUCCCCUCCCCCGCUUCCCCCUCGGCUCUCCAUCUGGAGCUCCUCUGAGGUGAAUCACUCUUCCCUCAAAAGCUCCUCGCUACCCUACAAAGGGCCCCAGCCCAGAGACAUCAACAUGUUCUCCUCAGCCCACGAGCUGGCCGACGGAAAGCUGCUCGGCCGCAGGAUCUCGGAGGAAGACCCCUACGGCACCAUGGACUACGACGGCAUCAACGACGCCAUCACCCGCCUCAACUUGAAAUCCACCUAUGACACGGAUCUGCUGAGAGAUUCCACCUGGGGCUGGAAGGAAGGCAGGGGCAUCUUCGAGAAGGAGACCACUGGAAAGCCAGUGGCUCGGAGCAAGACCAUGCCACCCCAAGUCCCUCCCAGGACCUAUGUCUCUAAGUUUGGCAACCGGAAGAACGCGGCGCCCAACAAGAACCGCAGGAUCUCAGUGGAUCCGGUUGCCUCCCGGCCGCACUCCUUGGCGAACGGCUACGAGCUGUUUGAGGUUUCUGAGGAGCGGGACGAAGAGGUGGCUGCUUUCUGCCACAUGCUGGAUGUCUUGAGAUCUGGCUACAGCGCCAAGGACUACUCCCUCACCGGCUUUGUCUGGAGCACGGUCAACCUCAGCCCUGAACAGCUGGGCCACGGCAUCAGCCUCAAGGUGACAGUGGUGUGUGACGACGUGCAGGAACCGCUCACGUUCACCUGUGACUGCUCCUCCACGGUGGACCUGCUCAUCUACCAGACGCUGUGCUACACCUGCGACGAGUUGCUCGGCAUUGAUGUGGACGACUUUGUGCUCAAGCUCUGUGGCUUGGAGGAGUUCUUGCAAAACAAACACGCCCUGGGCAGUCACGAAUACAUCCAGCACUGCAGGAAGUUUGACAUCGACAUCCGGCUGCAGCUGAUGAAGAGGAAGGCAGUGCGCACCGACCUGGCCAGGACGGUGAAUGAUGACCAGAGUCCUUCCACACUCAACCACUACAUCCACCUGCAGGAGAGACCCAUCAAGCAAACCAUCAGCAGGCAGGCCCUGAGUCUCCUCUUCGACACCUUCCACAAUGAGGUUGAUGCCUUCCUAGCAGCUGAGGGAGACUUCCAGCUGAAAGCCGAGCGGGUGAUCCAGUCUGUCAUGGCCAUCUGCAAUGCCCUGGCUGCCGUGGAGUCUCAGGAAAUCACUGGAGCCCUAAACCAGCUGCCAGCCUGCCCCUCUCGCAUGCAGCCCAAAAUCCAGAAGGAUCCAAACGUUCUGGCUGUGCGGGAAAAUCGGGAGAAGGUCGUAGAGACCUUGACGGCUGCCAUCUUGGACCUGGUGGAACUUUACUGCAACACCUUCAAUGCAGACUUCCAGACGGUGGUGCACGGCAACAGGAAGCACCACCUGAGCCAGGAGGCUUGUCUCCUCACCUGUCCCCUCUCCUUCACGGUCUAUGCCACGCACCGCAUCCCGAUCACCUGGGCAGCGAGCUACGAAGACUUUUACCUCUCCUGCUCUCUCACCCAUGGCGGCAAAACGCUCUGCAGCCCCCUGCAGACCAGAAAGGCUCACGUGUACAAGUACCUCUUCCACCUCAUCAUCUGGGACCAGCAGAUCUGUUUCCCAAUCCAAGUCAACCGGCUCCCACGGGAGACGCUGCUGAGCGUCACCCUCUACGCCGUGCCCAUCCCGCCUCCAGGAAGCUCCUCCGAGACCAACAAGCAGCGGCGGGGGGCCCGGGUCACCACCCCGCUCUUCAACUUCAGGCAGGUCUUGACCUGCGGGCGGAAGCUGUUGGGCUUGUGGCCAGCAACUCAGGACAACUCCAGUGCCAGGUCGAGUGCCCCCAACUUCAACCAGCCCGACAGCGUUAUCCUGCAGAUCGAUUUCCCAGCCUCUGCGUUCAACGUGACGUUCGCGAGCCCCCCGGCGGCUGAGUUCAGCCCCAAGUACGAGUUCCGCAGCCUAGGCGAAGAGGACCAGCGCAAGCUGAAGGAGGUGAUGCAGAAGGAAUCGCUGUACUGGUGCGGCAGUGCUGCUUUUCCCCAUCAGCAUCCCAAGACCCCCAUGGGAGGCUGUGAGGACAGUGGCAGGCCCGCCAGCUGGGCUCCUCUGGAGACAGCCUGCGGGGGCCUCCUCCCAGCGACUUGUGUCCGUAGGUUCCCGGACCAGGAGGUGAGGAGGACGGCCGUGCACUGGAUCGACUCCAUGUCGGACGCCGAGCUGCUGGAUUAUCUGCCACUGCUGCUGCAGGCCCUGAAGUACGAGUGCUACCUGGACAGCCCCCUGGUGCGGUUCCUCAUGAAGCGAGCCAUCUGCGACCUGAGGAUCACGCACUACUUCUUCUGGCUUCUGAAGGACGGCCUCAAGGACUCCCAGUUCAGCAUCCGCUACCAGUACCUGCUGGCGGCCCUGCUCUGCUGCUGCGGCAGGGGCCUGCGGGAGGAGUUUGACCGGCAGUGCUGCCUGGUCAACACCCUGGCCAAGCUGGCCCAGCAGGUCCGGGAGGCGGCCCCAUCGUCGCGACAGGUCGGUGCUUCGCCUGGGCCUCUGCUCGGGGCAGAGGGGUGGAGUCGGAACGAAACGGCAGAGCUCAAGGGGCUGCUCGCUCGGGUUAUGCACAGCACCCCCCGUCGCAGGCAGGGAGCCGGCCACGGCCGCUGGCUGCCGGGGACCUCCUGGCUCCAGCCGCUCCCCGCGGGAGGUGCUGUCAGGAGCCAUGCAGCAGGGCUGGCUCCCGCCCCCGCCCCCCUGCCACUGAGCCCCAGCCUGCUGGUGAAGGGGAUCGUGCCGCGGGACUGCUCCUAUUUCAACUCCAACGCUGUGCCCCUGAAGCUCUCCUUCCAGAACGUGGAUACCCUGGGGGAGAACAUCCGUGUGAUUUUCAAGUGCGGAGACGACCUCCGGCAGGACAUGCUGACGCUGCAGAUGAUCCGGAUUAUGAAUAAGAUCUGGGUGCAGGAGGGGCUGGACAUGCGCAUGGUCAUCUUCCGCUGCUUCUCCACGGGCCGUGGCCGGGGCAUGGUGGAGAUGAUCCCCAAUGCUGAGACCCUGCGCAAGAUCCAGGUGGAGCAUGGGGUGACGGGCUCUUUCAAGGAUCGCCCCCUGGCCGACUGGCUGCAGAAACACAACCCCAAGGAGGACGAAUACGAGAAGGCAGUGGAGAACUUUAUCUACUCGUGCGCCGGCUGCUGCGUAGCCACCUACGUGCUGGGGAUCUGUGAUCGGCACAAUGACAACAUCAUGCUCAAAACCACUGGCCACAUGUUCCACAUCGACUUCGGCAGGUUCCUGGGCCAUGCCCAGAUGUUCGGCAACAUCAAAAGGGACCGGGCUCCGUUCGUCUUCACCUCGGACAUGGCCUAUGUCAUUAACGGUGGUGACAAGCCCUCCAGCCGCUUCCAUGACUUUGUGGACCUCUGCUGCCAGGCAUACAACCUGAUCCGCAAGCACACCCACCUCUUCCUCAACCUGCUGGGCCUGAUGCUGUCCUGUGGUAUCCCGGAGCUCUCCGACCUAGAGGACCUCAAGUACGUCUACGACGCCCUGCGGCCGCAGGACUCCGAGACUGACGCCACCACGUAUUUCACCAGGUUGAUCGAGUCCAGCCUGGGCAGCGUGGCCACCAAACUCAACUUCUUCAUCCACAACCUGGCGCAGAUGAAGUUCACCGGCUCCGAGGCCCGCCCCGUGCUCUCCUUCGCCCCCCGCGUGCACACGCUCAAGACAUCCGGCCGGAUCCACGACGUCUUCCUCUGCCGCCACGAGAAGGUCUUCAACCCCAGCAAGGGCUACACCUACAUUGUGAAGGUGCAGCGGGAGAGCGCCUGCGAGGUCACCUACAUCCAGCGCACCUUUGAGGAGUUCCAGGAGCUGCACACCAAGCUGCGCCUCAUCUUCCCCUCCUCCCACCUGCCCAGUUUCCCCAGUAGGUUUGUGAUCAGCCGGUCGCGAGGUGAGGCAAUGGCCGAGAGGAGGAAAGAUGAGCUGAACGGCUACAUCUGGCAUCUGAUCCACUCAGCACCUGAGGUGGCUGAGUGUGACCUUGUGUAUACGUUCUUCUACCCCCUCCCACGGGAUGAGAAGGCUGCAGGCACCAAUCCAGCUCCAAAGCCCGCAGAUGCCACCUGGUCUCGGCCCAUCGGGAAGGUGGGAGGGGAGGUGAAACUCUCCAUCUCGUACAAAAACAACAAGCUCUUCAUCAUGGUGAUGCACAUCCGAGGCCUGCAGCCCCUCCAGGAUGGGAAUGACCCCGACCCUUACGUCAAGAUCUAUCUCUUGCCUGACCCCCAAAAAACCACCAAGAGAAAAACCAAAGUGGCUCGGAAAACCUGCAACCCCACUUACAAUGAAAUGCUCGUCUAUGACGGGAUUCCCAAAGGAGACCUUCAGCAGCGGGAACUACGCCUGAGCAUCCUCAGCGAGGAAAGCUUCUGGGAGAACAUCCUGCUUGGGGAGGUCUGCAUUAAGCUCCGGGAUCUGGACCUGACCCAAGAGAAAAUGGGCUGGUUUGAGCUGGGCUCCAGGAGCCAAGGGACCAUGUGAGGAGAGCAGCCAGUGGCGGUGACGUUUUUGGAACCACACCAGCCCUGCGGGGCCGUGAGAAUGGGUGCGAGUCCCAGGAGUUGUAUCCUGGAUCCAGAUGGAUUUUGUUGUCUGCAAGUGGGAGCCAGAAGAGCGUGCUCUCUGUGGAUCAAGAAGUUCAUUUGGGAAGCUGGGGGGAGGGGUUUCCAUUUCUCCCUGUAGAGACCAGGAACUCAGCAUCACAAUAGGAAAUCCUAUUGUGACUUGAAAAGGCUGCAGUAGAAUUUUUUUUUUAAGUUUACCUUGUGUCAAGGGAGCAACAAUGAGGGAGGGAAGGGGAAUAACGGGGAUACUUUUUAUUUCUUUUGAGAUUUUUAUUUUUAAAAAAUAAUGAAAAGUAAUUUGUGUCCAGAUGGGACAUGAGGCCUUGAUGAGAAGAGACUUGUGGGUAGGGAGGGAGGAGAGAUACAUCAUCAGUAUGAUUCUUAUUGGACUUUCCCUAGAGAGUUUGUUUCCAUAGGAACUUCUUGGGAAGGGGGGGCAUGAGCCGUGGAUAAUACCCUCCUUGUCUCUAGGUUAGGAGGGAAUGUGCUAGGAUCCAAGCUGCCUCCUCUGUCCAUCUCAGAGAAUUUGCUUCCAAAGGAGAGCUGUAUAAUUUGUACGUGUGUAGAGCCUUCUGUUCUGGAUUCCUGCCAGAGGGCUUUUGAGUGUGUGAAUCGUGUUCCCGGGGAAUGACUGCCAGGUGGGUUAUCUCCCCUUCCACCUGGGAAAAUUCCAGCAGUAUUCACUUUGCUUCCAGCUGUGCUCUCCCUAACUCCCCAAGGCCUGGGACUCUGGCCUUGUGGCAAUGUUCGGUAUUUAGAAGCACGAUUUUUACCAUACUUCACUGUCCUUAGAUUGUUUUUUUUUUCUUUCUCCCCCCUCUCCUGCUCACUGGAUUGAGUUGUCGCAAAAGAGAAGCAGCCGCAGAGACCAUGUGAGGGGGCUGAGCUAAGCCUUAGAAGGAGGGGCAGUCAAAUCUCAAAAGCAGGAGAUGAUCAUAUCCAUCUUUCGGGCGAUUUCUAGAAAUUUCUCCUUAGAGCUUGAGAUUCCACAUGCAAGAGCUGGUCACUCGGUGUUCCACCCUCUGGUACCAAAUGGGGGGGAGCUUGUGGAAUGUCAGUCUGCCCCUGUGGAAGGGCUGGGCUUGCUCACUGACAAGCUAAAGAAUUGAGCUGGAAUUGAAUCCCGAUGUCAUUUCUACUGAGACUUCUCCACUCUGGGUAUGUGGGGGAGCAGGAGCCAUUGGUGGUCAUGCAAAGAGCAGAGGGACUAUGCUCUUCCUCUCAUCAGCCUACUGGGGAGAAACAUUUGCAGAAGAUAGGAUUUUUUGUUUGUUUUUGUUACUUUCCAGUUGUGUACAUCCAUGUGGAGGGGAAAGGAAAUACCUUUUUUCGUUUUUAAAGAGUCAAUUUCCCCUUUGAAAAAUUAUUUUAAAGAUGCCAAUUUCCACUUGGCGUCAAACAAGGGAGAGCAGGAUUGAGGGCUCUGUCCACAGGGCAGGCAGGAUGAUAGCAUUGCCCUAAACUGCAGAGAUCAAGAGAUGCAGAGAUGAUUACCCCCCACUCUCCAAGAAGCUGUCUUCCUCCUUUUUUUCCUCCUCUUCCCCCCCCCCCCCAAAGUUUCAGUGGUGCUUUGUUUACAGUGAGAACUCCGUAAACAGACAAAAUGUUUCUCAGGAUCGAGAAUAUGAACUUACCUUUAUAUUAAAAGUUUUAAAUAUUGUAUCUAGUAGGUGACUGGGUUUUAAUAAGCUGGGCGUGAGGAAUGGAUUCCCUCCUCCCUGACAUGCCGUCCAUUAGUUGCAGGUGCAUCGAAGAGUGGCAUCUCUGAACCUGCCCGCAGGUGGGUUUGAGAGAGGUGCACUCAGGAAAUGUUUUCAAACUUAGCCAAGUUCUUCAGUCAACGCUCUACCCCCUAUGACUCUGUGUCGGGAUGUAGUUCGGACUCCUGGAGAGGCACCUUUUUUAGAUACCUGUAUCUCGCUCAGUUGUAAAAUGGUGGCAUUAAAAUAAAAUAAAAGGAAAUGAAAUGCAAGGGAA